AUGGAGUUGGCACGCCCCAGCAGGAAGACUAACGGUGUUGGCGUCCAGGUCGAGGAUGCCCAGAUCUGCGUGGUCAUGGUCGGUCUACCAGCUCGAGGAAAGAGUCUCAUUGCACAGAAGGCUCAGCGCUACCUCAAAUGGCUCUCCAUCGAUGCUCAAGUCUUCAAUGUUGGCAACUACCGCCGAACCGACAACCCCCAUCCACCCGCCGACUUCUUCGAUGCCGGAAAUGCGGAGGGAGAGCGCUCGCGCAGGGCCGCCGCAGAAGCAGCUGUUACUGACAUGUUGGGUUGGUUCAAGAACGGGGGCAUCAUCGCCAUUCUCGACGCGACGAACAGCACAAAGGCACGCCGUCGCUGGAUCAAGGAGCGCUGCGAUAAGGAAGGAGUCGAGACCCUAUUCGUGGAGAGCAAAUGCGAUGACGAAGAGCUGAUUAUGAGCAACAUCCUCGAAGUCAAGACCAGCUCCCCGGACUACGUAGGCCAUGACCCGGAGAAGGCGGCGCAGGAUUUCCGCAACCGUAUUCGCAACUACGAGAAGGUCUAUGAGACGAUUGACAAAGAUGAGAAUGAUCUUACGUAUUUGAAGAUUAUGAAUGUAGGCAAGCAGGUCAUUAUCAAUGCGAUCCAGGAUUACCUACAGAGUCGGGUUGUGUACUACUUGAUGAACUUGCACAUCAAGCAGCGGUCGAUCUGGCUUUCACGCCAUGGCGAGUCAGAAUGGAACGUUUAUGGCAAGAUCGGUGGCGACGCAGACCUGUCUCCUCGAGGCGAAGCCUACGCACUCAAGCUCCCUGAGUUGGUCAAGCAAUCCUUCGGCCCUGGAGAAGACCACCCCUUAACAGUCUGGACCUCCACUUUGAGGCGCACCAUCGCAACCGCCCGCCACCUCCCCCAAGAAUACAACCAGCUGCAAUGGAAAGCCCUUGACGAGCUGGACUCCGGCGUCUGCGACAACAUGACCUAUGCCGAGAUCAAGGAGCUGUAUCCCGAGGAUUUCGAGGCCAGAGAUCAGGAUAAAUACAAUUAUCGGUAUCGGGGUGGAGAAUCCUACCGCGACGUCGUAAUCCGGCUCGAGCCCAUAAUCAUGGAGUUGGAACGCAGCGAGAACAUCCUCAUCGUCACGCACCAAGCUAUCCUGCGCUGCAUCUACGCCUACUUCAUGAAAGAGGACCAGGAGAAAUCGCCGUGGCUCAACGUUCCCCUGCACACGCUGAUCAAGUUGACGCCGCGUGCGUACGGAACAGAUAAGCAGGUUUUCAAGGCUGGAGUUGAGGCCGUGUCUACGUGGAGAGGCAAGGGCAGUGUUGCGAAACAUGAGGAUCCCGUGGAGGGGGUUACGACGAGCUUGGAUGUUUGA